AUGGAGCUGACCAAUAGGACCACAGUCCAGGAAUUCAUUUUGCUAGGCCUGGAGAGUGGACAACAAAAACGUUUCUUCCUUCUUAUUCUUUUUACUAUUAUCUACAUCAGCACUUUGGCUGAGAAUGCCAUUAUUAUCAUGCUGGUGCAUGUAGAUGCGCAAUUAGCACAGCUCCCCAUGUAUAACUUUUUGGGAAGCUUCUCCCUGCUGGAGAUCUGCUAUGUGACCACCACCAUGCCCCGUAUGCUCUUUGAUCUGACUUCUCCUCAAGGGAUUAUCUCCUUCCAAGCCUGUUUCAUUCAGUUCUACAUUUUCUACUCCCUCGGCAGCACCGAAGCCUUAUUUCUCUCAGCCAUGGCCUUGGAUCGCUAUCUGGCCAUCUGCCACCCACUCUAUUAUCCAACAAUUAUGUCUCCAAAGAACUGCUCCAAGCUUGUGGCUAGUUGCUGGAUGGCUGGUUUUUUGGUAUAUGCUGUCCCAAUAACUUUGAUCUCUAGGCUGUCUUUCUGCGGCCCCAAUGUCUCGGACCACUUUUUGUGUGAUCAAGGGCUCCUGUCCUUAGCUUGUCCUCCACUUGGAAAUGCUCCACUUAUCCUUUUUUCCAUGAAUAUUUUCAUCAUAUUGGGCAACUUAAUCUUUGUAGCUAUUUCCUAUGGCAUUAUAGUUGUCACACUGAUCAAAUCCUCUAACCAAAGUAGCAGGAAGAGAGCCCUCUCCACCAUAUCCUUCCAUGUCGUAGUGGUGACCCUUUUCUAUGGUUCUGCGGCAGGAAUGUAUGUAACUCCAGGUGGGAAAAGUCAGUCACUUGCCGCUAAAAUAGUCACUGUCUUCUACACUGCCGUUACGCCCUUUCUCAACCCCAUGAUCUACUCUCUGAGGAACCAUCAGGUGAAGGAGGCCCUAGGCAGGGUUCUUAGAAGGAUGGAGCAAAUGCUGAGAAAAAGAUGA